AUGGACCUAUCUAAUUUAUCAAACACUUUGCCUCUGGAUAAUACUAGACCGGGAAACACAACCGCUGUGCAUAGUUCUACUCCCAUCUCAAAUAUCAACCAAGAUUUAACUAAUCACUUCAAGGAUGCUGCCAAGUCAGUUGCUUCGUUAUACAAUAUAUCAUUAAACAACACAGUUGAUAACAAUGUCAAUAACAGGAAUAUCAAGACAGAAUUUGCUAAUGCUGCCAAGGCGGUCGCGUCAUUAUAUAAACUAGGACAAUCAUCACAGCAGACCUCAUACACAAAGGGAUAUCUACAAUGUCUUGACGAUUUAUUGGCUGUUUUGACGAAUAAUGAGGAUAUUGAAGACUGGGUAUUGACGAGAAGAAUUGAAUUAAUGAAUCAUAUGACCAAUCCGAAUAGCAAACCACCGUCAAGUGGUGACGCAAGUCAACAUUCUGAAUCUGACCCUUUUAGUAUCCCACACGACUACGAAUUUACCUUUAACCUGGAUAUGAAACCACCUACCCAUUUUAGACCUAGUAUGCCGCCUCUUUCAGUUCAGCAUAACUCAAAGCAAAGAGCGUCCAUUGGAAAUCAUCACUUAAAGCACAGUAAAAAAAUACCUUUUUCUGAAGACUCGAUAAUGGUUGAUGAUAGUGAUAACGAGGACAAAGAGGUCAAGCAACAACAACUAUACCCCAAAUAUCUUAAGGAAAGUCCUUUGAAAAAGAAAAGGAAGAUAUGA